AUGGAAGUCUGGAAGUGUCGAAAGGUGACAGCCACACCUUCGUAUGCUGACGAAACCUCCAGGCAGGUAUGGCAGGAGAUCGCCGAGAACAUCGCCAGUGAAGAUCCUCAACGCCGCGAGGAUAUGCUUCACUACUUCCAUCGCGACGGAUACGAGGCAAGACGCACAACCAUCUCGAGAGCACUGGGAAAGCUGCACGGUCAUCGUGUGUCCAUGACCGAUGUGCCUGAACGAUUUUCAGGACUUCCUGACGGCACGCAGUUUGCUCCAAGGGCUUCCGCGUUAGGCCUGGAGGCGCUGGUGGCUGACGGCGUUCACGAUCUGCAGCCUGACGCCACCAGCAAACUGGGGCAGGUUUACGCGAUUCAUGGAGUCCUGUGUAACGGCGUGGGUGUGCCGCUACUGUUCGCCAUCACUAACCAAAGAGGAAACGGAGGCCACCUACCGUCAGGUGUUCGGUGCGAUGAAGGACGUGAUGGCGGCAACGGCACCGGCGCAGCUACAAGGCAGCUGGAAGACAUGCUUGGGGAGCGCUUUCCACGCAUGGGUAAGCUUCUGCUUACCUUCAAACGUUACACCACGUGA